AUGAGGUCAUAUGACAGUUAUACAAGGCACAUCACCACUGUUCUCACACACAUGUGUCCUUAGUUAUAUAUGUAGAAGUUAUUAUCUAAGCAGACCAUCAAAAUGGUUGAUCUUGCCAGGCAAGCAUUCAACACAAAUAAUUUUGAACUAGCCGUGGAUGUAUAUGAGAGAACAAUCAGGGAGCAUGGCCCGUCAUCUGAUUUGUACUUUGGACUAGCUGACAGUUUUGCUCGAAGUGGCCAGUUUGAAAGGGCAUUCGAAUCUUACUGCAGUGCUUUUAGACUGACAAACUCCAUACGACCAGGAGUAUUAAAACAUUUAGUUACAGCCCUUGUGGAGGCUGUCAAACAAGACUCUGUAGUGGAAGACGCGAUGAUGAACAAAAACUGUAUAUUCACCUGUGUUUUAUGUAGAGGAUUACUCAGCGACCCUGUUACAAUUCCCUGUGGUCAUACAUUUUGUCGAAAAUGUGUAGAAAGGGACCAAUCAAAAAUCUGCAAAAGAUGUGGGAAAGCAAAUCAUUUCGUUAAUGUGUCGUCUAUCAAGACAAAUGUACUUUUGAAACAGGUGAUCGACGUGUGGUUUCCAUCGGAGUGCGAGGCACUGCGAUUGAAAUCGGAAGGGAAUAUCUUCUUUGAGAGAAGAGAAUUUGAAAAGGCAAUUAACCUUUAUAACAAAGCCAUUUUAUUAGCACCAAACGAUCACCUUUUACUGAGCAACCGAUCACAUGCUUAUGCAUCUUUAGACAAAUAUGAGGAAGCUUUAAGGGAUGGCGAACUUGUCAUCAGACUUCGACCAGAUUGGCCAAAGGGCUAUUUUCGGAAAGGGUGUGCUCUGUAUGGACUUGGACGGUAUGGAGAUGCAGUUGUAGUCUUACUUCAGUGUCUAGCUAUGGAUCCCACAAUUAUCUUAGCAAAAAACUACCUGUCUAAAGCACUCCACAAAAUUUUGUCACCUUUGCCAUCAAAUGAUCCCAAAGCAGGAGUGAUCUCGAGUCACCUGAGUCCAGCCAAACUACAACAACUUAUAAUGUCGAAUUUCAGCUCCGCCAUUCUCCAGCCAGAUAUUGCCAUGGAUACCAUCAUGACAUUGAAAAAUAUUAUCACAGAAACAGUUACCACAGCAACAUCAUUUGCUGUUACCAACCAGGAGCACAUGCCUCUAUUUGAGUUUAAGCCUGACAUGCACGAAUCAGGACCAAGUAGUGCAAAGGGCCAAGCAGCAGCAGGAUGGCAGGAGGAGGCUGAGAAAGGUUCACAUUACUCAUCUGCUCCAAACUCAAGAAGUGGGUCACCUUUCCUUGAACAGAGACGGUCAAGGUCACAGUCACCACCAUGUCAGGGUCACAAACGUACCAGGAAUACCAGUGGUGCUACACCUACCAGUCCAUUUCAGGAAUCACCUUUUAAACUGCAUAAAAAUGACCCCAAAUUGCCGAUAGAUGCUGUGGAGAUCAAACCAGAACUGCUGAACCAGGAGGAUUUUGAGUGCAGUCUGUGCUAUCGUCUCCUCUAUGAACCAGUGACCACACCCUGUGGACAUGCCUUUUGUCGACAUUGUCUUGACCGCUGCCUUGACCAUCAGAGCCAGUGUCCACUCUGUAAAAGUUCUCUGGUUGAGUACCUAGCUGAAAGGAGACAAACAAUUACUGAAAAUAUUGCCGGAAUUGUGGAAACUUAUUUCAGACAGGAAUUGGAACAACGUAGGAAAACACACGAAGAUGAGAUGGAAGAACUGUCACGGAUGGUGACAGACCAACACGAGAUCCCUGUAUUUGUGUGUACGAUGGCAUUUCCUGGGAUUCCCUGUCCACUACAUAUCUUUGAGCCUCGGUACAGACUAAUGGUGCGACAAUGUAUGGAGUCUGGGACUAGGCAGUUUGGCAUGUGUACCGGCAAUGGGGAUUCUGAGCAAGGAUUUUCUGAAUUUGGGUGUAUGUUGGAGAUCCGAGACGUUCAGUUCUUCCCAGAUGGACGAUCUUUAGUGGACACGAUUGGAGGCAAGCGGUUCAAGGUCAUCAGCCAAGGUCACAAGGAUGGCUACGAUACUGCUAAGGUGGAGUUCCUCACUGACCAGCCUAUAUCUGAGGUAGAUCAUCCUCGUAUCAGUGUCCUACAGACAGAGGUGUAUGGGUUGGCCAAGUCCUGGCUUGACAAACUCACAGGGAUGCAGAGAGAACAGAUACUCCGUCAUCUCGGACAGUUCCCAGGCCUAGAACAGGAUUUCCACAACAACCCUAACGGCAGUGCCUGGCUGUGGUGGACACUGUCAGUUCUCCCACUCGACACUCGGAUACAGAUGACCAUGCUUGCGAUGCGGUCAUAUGAAGAACGAUUGAACGGGAUCAAACGAAUCCUUAUGUACAUGCAAAGGCAACGAUGACUAUGGCUGUCAAGGAUUCUGAGCUACUUUGGUUAUAAUAGACUGGUCAUCAUGACUUUGGUUAUUGUUACUGUUGUGUUACAACACUUUGUCAUUUUGAGGAGAGAAAAUGAGGGAGAAUAGGGUUCAAAGUGUACUCUGGUCACACACUGGUGACAAACAGCAGGGCUUGUCACACAAUGGUGACAAACAGCAGGGCUGGUCACACACUGGUUACAAACAGCAGGGCUGGUCACACAAUGGUGACAAACAGCAGGGCUCGUCACACACUGGUGACAAACAGCAGGGCCUGUCACACACUGGUGACAAACAGCAGGGCUGGUCACGCACUGGUGACAAACAGCAGGGCUUGUCACACACUGGUGACAAACAGCAGGGCUGGUGACACUUUGGUGACAAACAGCAGGGCUGGUCACACACUGGUGACAAACAGCAGGGCUUGUCACACACUGGUGACAAACAGCAGGGCUGGUGACACUCUGGUGACAAACAGCAGGGCUGGUCACACACUGGUGACAAACAGCAGGGCUAGUCACACACUGGUGACAAACAGCAAGACUGUUUACACACUUGGUGACGGACAAAAGAGCUGUAACAAAAUAAACCAUUGCUGAGUAGGAAGAUUUCGAUACACAUAUGCUACCAGGAUUGCCCAUCCCUUUGAACUUUGUUUCUUUUAAUGAGAAUAUCUGGCUAAUAUCCAGUUGAGUGUCCUUGAGUAUCCUUGUAACUAUAAUUAUAUAAAUAUUCAGUUUAUCAUUACACAAUAUUCAACAGAUAACAAUUGUUUCAUAAAUGUGAAUAAGGUGUUAACCAAAAACAGUUUUCAUCACAAAUCAUCAGCAUUUGGAUUUUCAUCAUUUUUCUAACAUUAAACACCUCGAAAUUUCCUGGAACUGUGUUGUACUUAUUGAUUCAAUGAAAACAAUUUGGUGCUAAAAUACGUAAGGGAUGGAAAUCUUGCCAUUGAAAGCGUGUGACAAGAAAAUGGGCAAUUCCUUGAUUUAUACAAUUCAAACCUCUGCUGACUCUCAAUAAUUGACUUUGAUAGUAAAAGUUAUUGCUAUCUGCCAGUGAAUUUGAAAGUAGAAAUCAAGGCUGUCUGUGAGUGAUUGAAUUAUAUGGUACAAUUGAAAGCUAUCUGCCAGGAACAAUCAAGGCCAGGCAGCCGACAGUAUUUCAGUUAUUUUUUUCAAAACUUUAAAUUUGAAAACCUCUUUCAUAAAAACUCGACAUUUGUACAAAAACUCCACAUGAAACAUUUUAUCCACAAUACAAGGUGCUAUGUGUGAAAAUGAUUUUUGUCAUUUAACAGGAGUGUUCAUUAUCCUUGUGUAACAGGAGUGUUCAUUAUCCUUGUGUAACAGGAGUGUUCAUUAUCCUUGUGUAACAGGAGUGUUCAUUAUCCUUGUGUAACAGGAGUGUUCAUUAUCCUUGUGUAACAGGAGUGUUCAUUAUCCUUGUGUAACAGGAGUGUUCAUUAUCCUUGUGUAACAGGAGUGUUCAUUAUCCUUGUGUAACAGGAGUGUUCAUUAUCCUUGUGUAACAGGAGUGUUCAUUAUCCUUGUGUAACAGGAGUGUUCAUUAUCCUUGUGUAACAGGAGUGUUCAUUAUCCUUGUGUAACAGGAGUGUUCAUUAUCCUUGUGUAACAGGAGUGUUCAUUAUCCUUGUGUAACAGGAGUGUUCAUUAUCCUUGUGUAACAGGAGUGUUCAUUAUCCUUGUGUAACAGGAGUGUUCAUUAUCCUUGUGUAACAGGAGUGUUCAUUAUCCUUGUGUAACAGGAGUGUUCAUUAUCCUUGUGUAACAGGAGUGUUCAUUAUCCUUGUGUAACAGGAGUGUUCAUUAUCCUUGUGUAACAGGAGUGUUCAUUAUCCUUGUGUAACAGGAGUGUUCAUUAUCCUUGUGUAACAGGAGUGUUCAUUAUCCUUGUGUAACAGGAGUGUUCAUUAUCCUUGUGUAACAGGAGUGUUCAUUAUCCUUGUGUAACAGGAGUGUUCAUUAUCCUUGUGUAACAGGAGUGUUCAUUAUCCUUGUGCAAUGCUCAUUUCAAAGACAUCUUUGUAUGAUGAACUUGUGUGUGAUUGCUGUAGCAGUAUGACAGACAUACCUGAUCUGUUUCCAGGGAAACAUUCCUAAGGUACUAAUCCUUGAUGUCUGCUUAUUGUAACAUUUUAAGUUGGUAAGUGUAUUUAACUAAUUCACACCUUAAGACUAAAUGUCACUCUUCCAAAUCAAAGGUUGGAUAAGUUCAUAAUGAAAAUUCAGGGAUCACGCAAGCCUGUAUAUUCACAGGAAUGUAUCCGAGUGGUUUAAGUUGCAAUUAUUGAACUUAUCAUUGAAAAACAUUUCUAUUUCAUACGAAAAUUUCAUCAAAACAGUCAUAACAUAUAAGGGGUGUACAAUAUAAUGUAGUAUACUAGCCCACAUGUAGAUUUUGAAAAAGUCUAAUAGCCUGAACAUUAUUUCCUUUGGAAAAAUCUACUAGUCCUGGGCUAGUAAAAUUGUACACUCUUGAAAAAUGUAUUUAUAUAAAUGAACUUGUAUAUGUAUUUUAUUUGUUGUUCAAAGAUGAAUUGCUGUGAUAUGUACAGUAUCAUGUGAUGUAUAAAUUGAGACACACGAUCCAAUGCAAUAUGGUAUUUAAAUGAUGUUCCUCUGAUAAACGAUAUUAUUGUUGUGUUAAUGUAAGCACUUUCUCACCAGUUAACAGUCAAAAUCAGGAAUUGAACGCUAUCAUAACAUAAUUACUAUUUAUGUAUUCUAUUUAAGCAAUGAACAUAAUUACUAUUUAUGUAUUCUAUUUAAGCAAUGAACAUAAUUUAAUGCAUCAAAUGUAUACCUGUUCAAACUUACACAAAAUUGUAUAUUGAAAGCAUAAAAUGGUCACAAUCGUAAAGGACACAUACUUGAACGUGAAUGGUGUUUAUCCUGUAAUUUCUUACACUGUUUUGAGUGGACUGACUAGCGGCCUGUUUAGGUUGGACUGCAAGGAUGGACUGGGUAUUCCUAGGGGCCUGUUUAGAGUUGACUGUUUAGGGGCCUGUUCAGGGUAGACUUUUAGCGGCCUGUUUCGGGUGGACUGCGUAAGGGCCUGUAUCAGGUGGACUGUUUAGGGGACUGUUGAAGGUGGACUGUUGAAGGUGGACUGUUGAGGGUGGACUGUUUAGGGUGGUGGACUGUUUAGGGGACUGUUGAGGGUGGACUGCCUAAGGGCCUGUAUCAGGUGGACUGUUUAGGGGACUGUUGAGGGUGGACUGAUGAGGGUGGACUGAUGAGGGUGGACUGUUUAGGGUGGUAGACUGGUGAGGGUGGACUGAUGAGGGUGGACUGUUGAGGGUGGUAGACUAUUGAGGGUGGACUGUUUAGGGUGGUAGACUGUUAAGGGUGGACUGUUUAGAGUUGACUGUUUAGGGUGGACUAUUAAGGGGCCUGUGUAGGGUGGACUACCUAGGGGCCUGUUUAGCAAAGACUGAUUAGAGGCAUAGGGCUUGCUUAGGGUGUCAUGACUAGGGGCCUGUUUAGGGUGGACUAUUAAGGGGCCUGUUCAGGCUAGAUACAGAACUGAUGUUGAUUGUAUAGGGCAGGAACAGCUCCACGUGUAUCAUUGGGGUCCAUUCUAAUGCUUAAAUUCUGGAAGUUUUGUUUAAAUAUGACUAACUUGCACUAAAACAUGAAAGUUCUUUCAGUUAUUCUACAGAGCAAAGCUGAAAUAUAAUCUCCAGCACCAAUGAAAUCUGUCAGAUUUCCUCCUUAAGCUAUACAUUUGAUAAUCAAUUACUUUGCCAGAGAAAAAGAAUUUAUAGGUAAGACUCUCAACCAUAGACCAGUACAUACUAGAUUUGAUCAAGACCAUAAAGCCAGUCUGUUAUACUGUGUAAGAGUUUGAAUUUUAGAUGAACUUCAUUGGACAUCCCAACUUUUAUUCUGUGAUUCGUGUUGGCCCCCUGGGCCUUUUGCAGUGUAAAUAUGGUAUGUUAUUAAGGGAAAACGUGUGUACACAUGUUAAUUAAUAUUUUCAUCUUGUUAUAUAGGGAACUUUUGUUUCCGAACUCUUAACAUGGUAGAAAAUAAAGAGGAAUAUAAACUCAAAUCAUUUUGUGAUGGACAUUUAUUUAUAAAUAACAUUUUGCAAAGAACUGAAUUACCUCAAAUUUCUAUGAUAUUGAUUGUAAUUAGUUUUUCUGUAGUUAUAUGUCCUUCCCUUUCAACUCCUGUUAAGUUAUAUUUAUUUCUUUGUUGCUUCUACACGUGAUGUAUUGUCUCAAUUCAACGUUUGUCCUAAACAUGGAAACUAUCAGUAGUUAAAAGUACAUGUCUCCAAUUGUGAAAUGUCUGUUUAUAUGAUAAAGAGCCUGCCGAUACCCUCACUUACUGGUGGUGAGCUGUGAUUACCCUCGCUGACUGGUGGUGAGCUGUGAUUGCCCGCGCUGACUGGUGGUGAGCUGUGAAUACCCUCACUGACUUGUGGUGAGCUGUGAUUACCCUCACUGACUGGUGGUGAGCUGUGAUUACUCUCACUGACUGGUGGUGAGCUGUGAUUACUCUCACUGACUGGUGGUGAGCUGUAAUUACCCUCACUGACUGGUGGUGAGCUGUGAUUACUCUCAUUGACUGGUGGUGAGCUGUGAUUACUCUCACUGACUGGUGGUGAGCUGUGAUUACUCUCACUGACUGUGCGAUUAAGACCAGUUAUAUACCAAGGCCUGGCUGUCUGUUACUGUUAUCGGUAUGUUUUUAUAAUAAAAUGGUAAUCAAAUGAGUAUGGCUGAUACAUUUACCCAGUAUGUGUUGAAUACUAUGUACAUGUUGAUUUUAAAUGAAGUUCCAAUAUGAUAGCCUGAUGAGAGUACUUAGUAGGUUCCAGUAGUAGAGGUAAUAUGCUAGAGAUGGAGGCAGACAUUGGUAGGCUCCAGUAGUAGAGCUAAUACGCUAGAGAUGGAGGCAGACAUUGGAAGUGUGUUUUUAUCAUGGAUGUUAUGUGUGUAUGUUGUGAAUGUGACUAUUAUACUGAUAAAUUUAAUUAGGAUACAUCAUGUCAACUCAUGUAAAAAUUGUAAUAAACAAUGCAAUGAA